UCGUUUCCAAAGGCUGACACGCGUUAUUCACAGUAGCGAGCAGGCCUAGCACUCUUCAAGAAUUCUCGUUCAGCUCACUCUUCUAGAAUGGAUAGUGGCCCUCAACAGGUAGAAGCCAGAUUGAUACUCCCAGGCGAUGAGGAGGGAAAUAGUGCCAACAGGCCUGGAAGAGCGAAGAACACGACCGAAAGCUCCACCGUGGACUGCGCCGGAAUUCCGAACGUGAUAGCGGCUUCUGCCGACAACUUUUCAUCAGACGACGCCUCGCCUUGUAAUCCCAACGCCGACUCCAGGACAUCGCCAUCCACAGGCCUCGGGCAAGAGGUAACCAUUUCACUCGUCGACACAAACGUGCCAGUAACUGCCUCUGCCAAAGAUACCAAAUGUCCCGGAGAGAUAACUGCGGAGGGGCAUCCAAUACCCCUCAACGAGACCAAGCCGCGCCAGUCCGGAAGCAUCCUGCCAUCCCUGCGACGGUUGUUGCACUCCCUGGCGCGUCCCUCGGGCGUCGCGAAGAUGGUCCGCAGUUACAGCUGCGUCGACUUGAGACCUCUCGAAAGCGAAAGUAGUGAGAACAGCAGCGGAGUUCGUCAGAGAGGCAGCGGCUACCACUCGCUCAUCCUGGGCAUCCUACUCGCCGGCGGCACCAGUGCCGUGCUUUCCCUGGUCAAUGUGAUCAUCAAGCGGCUGCCGACUGUGAGCACGCUCGAGGUGCUCACAUUCAUGUCGUUCGGCGUCUUCAUCGGCAUCCUCCCCACGGCCACGGAAGAAGUGCAGCCAUUCGGACCGAGAAAAGCCCAGCCGCUUCUUUUUGCGCGGGCCCUUCUGUCAAUGGGCUCGUCCAUACUGAGGCUGACGAGCUUGUCCUACCUGACUAUCGCCGACUCGUCCAUCACGACGACCCUCACCCCGCUUAUGGUCGGCAUCACGGCGACGUUGUUCCUCGCCGAGCCCUUUCACUGGACCCAGGGCGUGGCCAUGGUAUUGUCCGUGCUCGGCAUCACGCUCGUGGUGAAGCCGACGUUUCUGGCCGCCGCUGCUGGUUGGCAAGCGAAGACGCAGUACAUCGGCAUCGCUUACGGACUGAGUCACGCUGUGCUGAACGGCGUCACCACCGUAUGCAUACGGUCGACGAAGGGUGUGUCACGGAGCGUUGUGGUCUUUCACUACGGCUGUCUCUCGAUGCUCCUGGUGUCCAUCUUGUCCAUAGCCAUGGGUCGCCUCAAGGUCUUCUACGACGGCUCGCAGAUCGGAUACCUACUGCUCAUCUCUCAUCUCACCUUCGCACUCCAAAUGUUCCUGAGCAAGGCACUCCAGUUCGAGAGCGCGUCCUUGGUGACCAUCAUCAAGACGUCGUCAGACGUGAUCUUUGGAUUUAUAAUGCAGGCCGUGUUCUUGAACGUGCAUCCGGACAUGUUCAGUGUCACCGGUGGUUCACUGAUUCUCUUCGGCGUCUUGAUCCUUGGCCUUCGGAAGAUCGCUCAAUCAGCAGAUCCCCAAAGCAGCAUGAAGCGCAAGCUGCGUUUUUUGCUUUGAAAUAAAGAUGCUCCCGGAUAUGUUUACCUCUCAAA